AAGAAGAGUUGACUGAAAGGAUCGCAAAUGGGCCUAGACUUAAAAUUCCAAAAGUAAUCGAUUCUAGUAUCGAAUCUAUGACAGAGUCAGAGGAUGAUGACUGUCCAGGUCCAUCUCAACAGAAGAGGAAGCUGGAGGAAGAACAACAUCUUAAUAAAGAAAAGACUAUCACAGCAAAGAAAAGUAAAGAUGCUGCCUUGAAAAAUAUCAUGGCUAAAAAGAUUAACGAGAGGAGCAACUCCUCGUCAUUUGCCUCAAGUAUGAGUACAAGUAAGACUACAAAAACGGCUGUAGUAAAAAAGACGAACACAACGACCACCACUCCUGUCAUCCCUUCCAAUUCUUCCUGUGCAAACUGUAAGAUUCAGUCUUCAAAACUAAAAAAACUGACUGAAAAAAACGAAUCCCUCGAGGAAGAGGUGGCCCGUCUAUCUGAAUUAAACAGGAGGCUCCAAGUUGAGGUCUUGGACAAGUUUAAUACAGUGACUGGAAUAAGCACAGCUACGACUGGAAGAACUUCCCAGACGGGCCAGACCCCAGGCAUUUCAGCUGCAGAUGAUCCAGCUAGGAAAGAUUCAGAAGUCAAAUAUAUGGCUCAAGACGGACAGGUUUCCUUGGGGGAAGGAAUAAAAAUCCCGAAGGAAAAGUUCGAUACAAUUGCUAGUGAGACUCGCAAUUCUUUAGUCGUCAAGAACAUGGCCGUCGCCAUAUGGGGGACAGAGACUUUGAGGAAUCGAUCAGUCACUGGAAAGGCAAGCAAUCGGUUCAAGGAAAGGCAGCCUCUUCCAGCUCUAGAACCUGCAAAGGUCAAGGCUCUGAAAGAUUUCUUCGAAUAUCAUCUGGGGAAGCAGCCCCUUCAACCUGCAGAAAAACACAAAGAAAUGAAGGAAUUCUCAAGGUACCUAAGGGAAAAAAUUCAAGACCUGAAACCGAAAAAAUUGGCUCCGACGGUUGCUGAAGAUCAGUAAUAGUGGGUUUUCGCCCAGCGUCGUACGACGUAGAACGUACGUGUGCAAAAAUCGCCAACUUUCAUGGAAACAGAGGCCCGAGCGUUCUUGAGCUCAAAUCACGGACGGUUCUUCCGCAAAUUAGCGGGCGUCCGCAUUAGAACGUAGGAUUUGUCAACAGCCGUCAACAGCCAAUCAGAUCGCUUGUAGAGCGAGCAAGCUGAGCCGAUCGAUGUAAACACAUUCGCCCAUCGCGUGCAUGCACAUGUUGUACUCUACUCUGACUACACUGAUAGCUGAAAGCUUCAAAACAUGGACUCGAAUGCGAGUUUUUCGGUGAGUACCAUUUCAAUUAUACUAAAAUCAAGCUAAGUAUAAUUUCAAAAUGUUACAGUAGAAGUUUAAACGAGUAUGAUUAUUGAAAUAUGAUUGAAAAGCCGUUGCAUGGCUCGGUCGACGACGCGACUGCAAGACACAUGGCACUGCCAGUUGUGUGCACAUAGUAGGAACAUAUACAAUGCACAUGUUGGCGUGUCAACAUUACAUGCCAACCAUGCCAGCCGGUCGAUCCGGCCGCGUUCAGCGAUUUGCGAAACUGCUUACAAGCGAGAGUUGAGCGCGACGGACGCACGAACAAAGAGAUCGUUCUACGUCGUAGAUAGCGUCGUACGACGCUGGGCGAAAACCCACUAAUGUUCUUUUUCCCCCUCUAACUUGAAAUACCCCCACCCAUCUAACACCCUGUUCAUUUAAUUGACAUGACAUAUUAGAACCCAUUUUUAUAUUAUCAGCCAAAUGGUCACUUAACUGUUAUAAUAAUAAUAAUAAUAAUAACUAGAUUUUAAUUCGUCAUGCGGACGAAUUAGGUGGUCUGUCAUGAUUUUUCAUUCAUUGUCGGCUAAUGUUGUAUAAAAUGAAUCCCGGGAAUGAAUCAUUCAGAUAUGAUUGAUAAUCUUGAUCAUAGACAUCAAAGGAAUAAAUUUUGACCAUUGCUAAAUGUGAUUAUAAAUGUAGUGAUGACAAUCGUGAUGAUUAUAAUGAUGGUGGUGAUAAUGCAAUAUGUUAAAUACGAAAUAAAGUUAAGAGCACGUAAAAUGCCGGCUUAAAAACUCUCCAAAAAUCUCAGACGAUUUUACCGAAAUUGGCUUUCCAAAAUUGCGCAAUGAAAGGCGCCUUAAUUUUCACAGCAGCUAAUUUUUAAUCGACAGUUUGAUGUUUUUUAUGCAAAAUCUUGUUAAAAUUUCUUUUUACUUUGAGCAUUUUUUUUUAAAUUUCACCCACUGACAUUUCACAAUGUCAGUGGGUAUUAAUUUCACAGAAUACUUGAAAAUUCAUAGGUGAUACUUUUUAAAAGCUAAAAUAUCUUAAAUAUUUUUGUUCAAAUUUUCUGCUACAUUUCAAUAGAUUUUAAUGAGAAGUUUCAUAAUGCUAUAAUUUCACAGCAUUCACAUCAAAACUCAUCAGUGAUGUAUUUGAUAAAAGAACCAGAUUUUUUUGUAAAUGUUUGCCAAAUUUCUGAAAAUUUUUAAACAUUUCAAAUAAUAUUUUCCGUCAAAAAUUUUCAAUAUCCAUUUAAUUGUGUAUGACUUUGACAUUUACUUGAAAAUUAUUUCUUGAUGAUUUUUACUGAAAAAAGUCAGGUAAAAGAUUCAAAUACUGGCAAUUUUCCCGCAAAAUUUCGGGAACAUGUGUAAUUAACUAAAUUGCACAAUUUUUUCAUUUCACAGAAGGUACCUGAAAAUUUGUUAUAUGUUAUAUUAAGUAAAAAUGAACAAACGGAAAAAAAUCCAGGAAUUUCCGCAAAAUGUCCGGAAUGAAAAUUUUCAACCCAAUAGCGUUUAAAUAUUGCAGCGUUUACUAAAAAAUACAUAAAUGAUGUUUUACAAUGUUAAAAUUGCCCCUUAAAAAGUUCCGGCAAAAUUACAAAAAUUGUCCUACAUAAAAAAAUGCAAGGCAAGUGGGCUUGAAAUUUUCAGGAAGACUGUACAAUUGGUUAAUAAAACAUUUCUCCAAAGAAUUUCGCAAAAAUUACGUCCAGAAAAAAUUUGCCAAAAAUUAAACACAUCAUAACACAUUGAUGCUGUGGUCAAAAGUCAAAAUUAUUCACACGUUAUUUGUAGAGAAUUAUCUUCACUACAUGAUAUCAAAAUUUGAGAGAAAACUGACCAGUAAUAAAGAAGAUACAGUCAAGUACGUUGACGUAUGUUGCGAAAAUAUGUAAUUUUCACUGAUAACUUAAUAUUAACGUAAUUAUGAAAUCUUCAAAUGAGAUAUUGAUUAUAUCAAAGAGUGAGAAAAAAUUUGGGGUCAACGGACUCCCUGAAGAGCUACAGUGAAUUUUAUAUAGGCAUAUUUUUGCCCAUUUACGCGCGAGUAAUGCAAAUUUGAAUGGACGCGCAUUCCCGUAUUAUUGGUCGUAAGAGGCUGAAUGAGGUAUCAAAUUAAUCAGAAGCUAAUGGACAAUGGACAGACAUGAAAUAAAUGAUGACUCGAAGAUGCAUACCGAUGGUAGGUGCAAGAACGCGCACGCAUACCUGUGCGCGCGCAAAUUCUUGACAUGCUCAAAAUGACCCGAAACGUACCCAAACUUGACCACGGUUGAUUUGGGGAAUUUUUGAAUUUUGACGCGCGCGUACGUGCGCGUCGUGACCUUUGCAUGACCUCUGAUGACAUGUCCUGAUGACCUGUCACCUGAACUUGAUAUGAUGCAAAUAUGGAUGAUUUUUUAUGAUUAGUUGCGAUGAUAUGAUCAAUCAUAUAAUUUUACAAAAUGGCGCCUAGAUGACGUCAUCAUGAUUUGAUAACCUUGAAAAGUUUCGUUUCACGAUUCCAUAAUAAUUUCCAUACAUGACAUGAAAAUCAAGAAAUUUGACAAGCCCGAUUUUGAGAUAAAGUGGGAACAAAAUUUGGCAAUAAAAAUAAAUAAAGUAAAUUCUGACGAAUAUAAUAGGUGAUCUGUCAUCUUAAUGACAGACCACCUAAAAAGGACC